AUGACGAGGGCGAAGAAAGAGUUUAUUUGUCGGUUCUGCCAGCGCCAUUUUACGAAGUCCUACAAUCUUUUGAUUCACGAACGCACGCACACAGACGAACGUCCUUAUCCGUGUGACAUCUGCGGGAAAGCUUUCAGGAGACAAGAUCAUCUUAGAGAUCACAGGUACAUCCACUCCAAAGAGAAGCCGUUCAAAUGCAGCGAGUGCGGCAAGGGCUUCUGUCAGUCGAGGACUUUAGCGGUGCACAAAACGCUCCAUAUGCAGGACUCUCCUCACAAAUGCAACACGUGCGGGAAAAGCUUCAACCAAAGAUCCAAUUUGAAAACCCAUCUCCUCACCCACACCGACAUCAAACCUCACUGCUGCGGAGACUGCGGGAAGGAGUUCCGCAGAAACUGCGAUCUCAGACGACACGUGCUCACGCACACGAUGCCUGUCACGGAGUGAAUCAUUUGCUGUAAUUUCGUUGGGAGAUUAAAUGUUAAUUAAAUUGUUUCUGUCAGGAUUGUCCAUACAGACAUUUUUUUCUGCUCAAUGUGGUCACAGUAGUGCACAUUGCACCAGGCUUGGGUAGAACUGACGACGUCUCAUUGGAGUUAAUGGCCGACCAUGAAUUAUUCAGAAUUAUCCUCGAAGUACCACCCGCUGUGAUUAAGUGCUUCCUUGACAAGGUGGAAUGCUAGAAACUUGCCAAUGGAUUUUUUUUUUCAUCAGAAAUAUUUUAAGUUCUCAAAUUGUUAUUUACUAAAAGGGGCAGCAUACCAGUGCGACUCUUGGUUAUAGGUGCCAAUUGGAUAAUUGGAUAAAAGUGCCAAAUUGCAGUGGUAAAACUGUUUGGAAAAAUCUACUUGUAAAAAGUAGAAAGUGAACGCCCCCAAUGUGUCCAUUGUGAGACAGAAAUAUCAAAAUCGGGUAGGAGUACAUGUACAUAGGUCAAAUUUUUGUUCUACCUCCUUAAAUUGAGUUGUUUGAAGAACUAUUAUUGUCACUUUGUUUCAGUACAUAACGCAGCUAAUGCAAUUAUUUGUCGGAUCAAGAGAGUAUGAUAAUAAAGGCUCAAGCAUGCAAUAAGGUCAACAAAUGUACUUAUAUGUCAGCGCCACCCUUGCCAAAGUUUAACCUGUGUACGUCGCUCGUUGACUUGACGUUUAACUUACCUUUGCAGGCCCGUAGCCAGGGGGGUCGGGGGGUUCGAAAGAACCACCCUUUUGUUUGGAAAAGGUCCA